AUGCAGAAAGACACUUCGCUGCCACCCCCAUCUGGGCCCUUGGCCUCCAACACUGCCCUGGGGGCAGGCGGGCAGGCCAGCUCAUCUGGACUCCCAAGCAAGAGCGAGACUCGGCGCCGCACCAGCCCCAAUCCCCACCGGAAGCCGAGCAUAUCCAAGGUGAUCCUGGGGUUCGUGGCAGACAAAGGGGCAGGCCACCGCGUGUCCCUGGCCGCCCUGAAGAAGGCUGUUGCCACCAGGGGCUACAACAUGACCCGCAACGCCUGGCGCUUCAAGCGAGUGCUCAAGGGGCUGGUGGACAAGGGCAUGCUCAAGCAGGUGACAGGCAAGGGGGCCACAGGCUCCUUCCUCAUGGGCAAGAAUCAUGCCUCCAAGUUUAAGCUCAAGGCCAAGAGACGGCGGCAGCAGCGCCAGCGCCGGCCUGGGCAAUGCCAGUCUGGGCAGCGCCGGUUGCUCAGGGGCUCUAAACCGGGGCACAGGCGACCCAUCAAGGGGGUUCGCAGGGUGGCCAAGUGCCACCGCAGUUAA